GGGCCCGUGGCUUGCCGGGGAGGCGAAAGGAGCGGCCGGAGCGUGCGCUUGGCCCAGGCGGAGGCUGCGUGGUCUAAUAUCAAGGAAUAAUGGACGACUACACAAAAAUAGAAAAGAUUGGUGAAGGAACUUACGGUGUUGUAUACAAAGGCAAACACAAAGCUACGGGCCAGGUGGUUGCCAUGAAGAAAAUUAGAUUAGAGAGCGAUGAAGAAGGUGUUCCGAGCACUGCAGUCAGAGAGAUUUCCUUAUUAAAAGAGCUACGCCAUCCCAAUAUAGUCUGUCUUCAGGAUGUGCUUAUGCAAGAUUCGAGGCUUUACCUUAUAUUUGAAUUUUUAUCUAUGGACCUCAAGAAAUACUUGGAUACUAUUCCGUCAGGACAGUAUUUAGACCAUAUGCUUGUUAAGAGUUACUUGUACCAAAUCUUGCAGGGGAUUGUGUUCUGUCAUUCAAGAAGAGUUUUGCACAGAGACUUAAAGCCUCAGAACUUGUUAAUUGAUGACAAUGGAGUAAUUAAACUCGCUGACUUUGGGCUGGCUCGAGCUUUCGGCAUCCCUGUGCGCGUCUAUACACAUGAGGUAGUAACUCUGUGGUACAGGUCUCCAGAAGUCUUGCUAGGCUCUGCACGUUACUCCACACCUGUCGAUAUUUGGAGCAUAGGUACAAUAUUUGCUGAAAUGGCCACUAAGAAGCCACUUUUCCACGGGGACUCGGAAAUCGAUCAACUCUUCAGGAUUUUCAGAGCUCUAGGGACGCCCAACAAUGACGUGUGGCCUGAAGUUGAAUCCUUGCAGGAUUACAAGAACACGUUUCCCAAGUGGAAGCCAAGCAGCCUGGCUUCUCAUGUGAAAAAUCUGGAUGAGGAUGGACUAGACCUGCUUUCUAAAAUGUUAAUCUAUGACCCCGCAAAGAGAAUUUCUGGCCGUGUGGCCCUGAAUCAUCCAUACUUUGACGAUUUGGACAAAUCCAAACUUCCAGCUAAUCGAAUCAAGAAAAGCUAACUACCCCAAAACAACCUGAGGAUAUUUGGAGCAGAAAUAUUCUCUCUCUCUCUCUCUUUCUCUCUCUCUGUGUGUAUUUUAUAUGUAUGUGUCCUGUCCUUUUCUAAAACUGUAGCCCUAUUUAGAGUGCUCUGGUUUAAAUUUUUGCUGAAUGUAAAUAUUAACCUGUUCCCUAACCCAAUGAAAUUGUUAACUGUUAAUGAAGUUCACCAUUGUAUAAAUAAACACUUUAAAUCUAGCAGAGGAGUGCAGACUCCUUUGAAGAUGCUGAAGAACUU